UCCUCUCUCUCUCUGCUGAGCUCCUCUUUCUCUGCUUCUUCUCUCCCUCUUGCUCUCUGUGCAGCUCCUUUGCUCCAUCGCAGGGAUACCGUGGGAAGGCACACUCACUGGUAAUCACGAUGUGUGUGACGCACGCUUGGCUGCUCUUCGCUGCACUCUUGUGGAUGAUUCCGGACACUGCAGCGUCUACCAUGCUGUCAAACUCAACUGACGUCGAGCUGUCGAACUCACCGCCCGCGUCAGAUUCUGAUAUCGGGGGUUUGCCUUGUCUUAACUUUAGCAGGAGUCGACGCAAGCGAUAUAUUUCCUCGAGAGAUUUGAGCGCUUUGCUGGAUUAUCAUAAUCGUGUCAGGUCUCAGGUUUUUCCCCCAGCUGCGAACAUGGAAUAUAUGGUAUGGGAUGAGAGACUGGCAAAAACAGCAGAAUCCUGGGCAUCGCGGUGUAUAUGGGAUCACGGACCAUCGCAUGCUCUGCGCUACAUGGGCCAAAACCUCUCCAUCCACUCCGGCAGGUAUAGGUCAGUAAUUGACCUGGUGAGGUCUUGGCACGAGGAAAGAAACUCCUUUGGGUAUCCAAACAAAUGCAGCGGAUCAGUGUGCACCCAUUAUACGCAGAUGGUGUGGGCCACAUCCAACACAAUAGGAUGCGCCAUCAACAGGUGCGCAAACAUGAACGUGUACGGCAGCCCGUGGAAGCAAGCUGUCGUCCUGGUGUGCAACUACUCCAUUAAGGGUAACUGGAUAGGAGAGGCCCCUUACAGAACGGGACGUCCGUGCUCUGCCUGCCCCGCCAGCUAUGGGGGCUCCUGUAGCAGAAACCUCUGCUCCUCUUCCGGCUCCAGGUCCAACAAAAUAAACCGGUUCUAAUCGCAGGGUCUGACUCGCGCCACAGUUCGUGGUGCUGACGUCAGAUUUGAGGGGAGAGGGCGUCUGAAAUAGACCAUUUGAAAAAAUUUGCUCCUGGCCUGUAAUAAUUGUCUCAGUUCAGUUCUAUAAUACCACUAUUUGUAUGACGACCAUAUAAUGAGUAUUAGCAUUGUUUACAAGAAUGAUGAAUAAUUAAUUAAAGUCUUUAAUAGAUAUAAUUAUUAGUAAUAAUGAAGAUUAGAAUUCAUGUUAA